AUGGAAGGAUUUGACGAUCCUGGUGUAUUUUUCUCUGAUAAUUUUGGAGUAGAAGAAGGAGAAUCACAAGAUCAAAUUAACCUUCAAGCAGUUAAAAAGAAGUUCAAAGAGUUUAUGAGACAAUUUCACACAGGAAACUUUAAUUAUAAAUACAGGGAUGCUUUGAAAAGAAACUAUAACCUUCGUCAAUAUUGGGUAGAACUUAAUAUUGAAGACUUGUCUAGCUUUGAUGAAGUGCUGGCUGAAAAACUGUACAAAAAACCAACUGAACACAUACCUAUACUUGAAGAGGCAGCAAAGGAGUUAGCUGAUGAGCUCACUGCACCUAGACCAGAAGGAGAAGAAAAAGUAGAAGAUAUUCAGGUGCUGCUCUCAUCAGAUGCCCAUGCAUCUAACUUAAGAGAACUGAAGUCAGAAACAGUAUCCAGAUUGGUAAAAAUACCUGGUAUAGUUAUAUCAGCAUCUGCAAUCAAAGCAAAAGCUACAAAAAUAUCUAUUCAAUGCAGAUCAUGUCGUAAUAUGAUACCGAACUUGGCUGUCAAACCUGGACUUGAAGGAUAUGUUAUGCCUAGAAAAUGUAAUACAGAGCAAGCUGGACGACCAAAAUGCCCUCUAGAUCCAUAUUUCAUAGUGCCAGACAAAUGUAAAUGCAUUGACUAUCAGGUGCUAAAACUACAAGAAGCCCCAGAGAACAUUCCACAGGGAGAGAUGCCAAGACACCUGACUGUGUACUGUGAUCGUAUGCUCUGUGAACGAGUGGCCCCAGGGGCACGAGUUACUGUACUUGGUAUUUACUCUAUCAAGAAGAUCUCCAAAAUAGGGAGAGGUGACCGAGAAAAAGGCUCUGUUGGAGUUCGUUCAUCAUACCUUCGUGCGGUUGGUCUGUCAGCUGAAGAAGGGGUGACUGGAGGUCUCAGGCCUUUCACUCCUGAUGAAGAAGAACAGUUCCGAAGACUGGCUGCUGCGCCAGACAUAUAUGAAAGGAUAGCUGCUUCGAUUGCACCAAGUGUUUUUGGAGUUGUGGAUAUGAAGAAAGCUAUUGCUUGUUUGCUGUUUGGAGGUUCUCGCAAAAGGUUACCAGAUGGCCUAACCCGUCGUGGAGAUAUAAACAUACUAUUAUUGGGUGACCCCGGUACUGCCAAGUCCCAACUGCUGAAGUUUGUGGAGAAAGUGGCUCCCAUUGGAGUAUAUACUUCAGGGAAAGGAUCCAGUGCCGCCGGUCUUACAGCCUCUGUCAUACGCGAUCCGGCGAGUCGUAAUUUCGUGAUGGAAGGCGGUGCGAUGGUUCUGGCAGAUGGGGGCGUGGUCUGUAUUGACGAGUUCGACAAGAUGAGGGAAGACGACCGUGUCGCCAUCCACGAGGCUAUGGAGCAACAGACUAUUUCUAUCGCGAAGGCGGGCAUAACAACAACUCUAAACUCUCGUUGCUCAGUACUAGCGGCCGCCAACUCGGUGUUCGGGAGAUGGGACGACACGAAAGCGGACGACAAUAUAGACUUCAUGCCCACUAUUUUAUCUCGAUUCGAUAUGAUUUUCAUCGUCAAGGACGAACACGACCAGAAUAGGGACAUUACACUAGCUAAGCACAUAAUAUCAGUGCACAUGGGCGGUAACGCAGCGGAGCGCCAAAGCGCCGAGGGCGAACUCCCCUUGGCCGUACUGCGGCGGUAUUCCGCGUACUGCAGGGCCAGAUGUGGCCCUCGCUUAUCCGAGAGUGCUGCCCAAAGGCUGGCGGCCAGAUAUGUCUUGAUGCGCUCGGGGGCCUCGCUACAGGAACGACAGAUGGACAAACGACUCACUAUACCCAUUACUGUUCGGCAACUAGAAGCCAUAGUUCGUAUAUCGGAAUCAUUGGCGAAGAUGCAACUGCAGCCAUUCGCAACGGAAUCUCACGUGACGGAGGCUCUAAGGCUCUUCCAAGUGUCCACCCUGGACGCGGCCAUGACCGGCAGUUUAGCUGGAGCGGAAGGCUUCACAUCCGAAGAAGAUCAGGAGAUGUUGACCCGAAUCGAGAAACAAUUAAAACGUCGCUUCGCAGUCGGUUCUCAAGUAUCCGAGCAAACUAUUAUUCAAGAUUUCCUUAAACAAAAAUACCCAGAACGGGCCAUACUCAAAGUUGUUCAUACAAUGAUCAGGCGUGGAGAAUUACAGCAUCGCUUGCAAAGGAAAAUGCUGUACCGAUUGUCAUAA